GCAACCUACCCAAGCAUGCAGCACUGCCCCUGAGUCAGCACUUGAGCUGAAGCAGAUCAGUCAUUGUCCCAGCCUUUCAAAUCUUACCCAGGUCACGAUGGUGCCGUUGGGACACUUAGCCAAAGGGGCCACUCUGGAGGAACUUCUUGAAACCUGCAUUCAGUCUUUUGAUUCAGAAGGAAAUGCAUGUCAAAACAACCAGCUGCUAAAGAUAAUUCUGGCCAUGCAUCAGUUUAUCAUCUCCUCUGCAGACAUGCUCCAGAAAGUCAUUGAUCUCUAUCUUAAUGCUUUAGAAGAUAAAUCUUCCAUGCUCUGUGUAAAGAUAUGCUAUUUUGUGAGGUAUUGGAUAACAGAGUUCUGGGUUAUGUUCAAAAUGGACUCUAAGCUAUCCACAACUAUGGAGGAAUUUCAAGAACUGGUUAAAGCUAAUGGUGAGGAGUUACACUGUCGUCUAAUUGACACAACUCAAAUAAAUUCUAGGGAUUGGUCUAGAAAGCUGACACAGCGUGUAAAAGCCAACACCAGUAAGAAACGGAAAGUCUCGCUUCUUUUUGAUCACCUUGAGCCAGAGGAGCUGUCAGACCACCUUACCUAUCUUGAAUUUAAGUCUUUCAGAAGAAUAUCAUUCUCAGAUUAUCAGAACUACAUUGUGAAUAGUUGUGUGAAGGAGAAUCCAACAAUGGAAAGAUCGAUUGCUCUUUGCAAUGGUAUCUCUCAGUGGGUGCAGCUAAUGGUUCUCAGCAGACCAACACCACAGCUUCGGGCUGAAGUGUUCAUCAAGUUCAUUCAUGUUGCACAGAAGCUCCACCAGCUGCAGAAUUUCAAUACAUUAAUGGCCGUGAUAGGAGGUCUCUGUCACAGUUCCAUUUCCAGACUUAAGGAAACAAGCUCAUGUGUUCCUCAUGAUGUAAUUAAGGUGUUUAAUGAAAUGACAGAACUGCUUUCAUCUUACCGAAAUUAUGAUACUUACCGACGUGCCUAUAAUGAGUGCAGUAACUUCAAGAUCCCAAUCCUUGGGGUCCACCUGAAAGACUUGAUAUCACUUCAUGAGGGCAUGCCAGACUACUUAGAGGACAAGAAAAUUAACAUAUACAAAUUAUACUCUCUGUACAACCACAUAAAUGAGCUGAUACAACUCCAGGAAAUGCCACUUCCCCUGGAGGCUAAUAUGGACCUUGUUCAUUUGCUUACACUGUCCCUUGACCUUUACUACACAGAAGAUGAAAUCUAUGAGCUUUCGUAUGCACGAGAGCCGCGAAGUCACCGAGCUGCUCCUUUGACACCUUCCAGACCACCAGUAGUUGCAGACUGGGCCUCAGGAGUAGCCCCAAAACCUGAUCCAAAAACCAUCAGCAAACAUGUUCAGAGGAUGGUAGAUUCCGUUUUCAAAAAUUAUGACCAUGAUCAGGAUGGAUACAUUUCCCAGGAAGAAUUUGAAAAGAUAGCUGCCAGUUUUCCAUUCUCAUUUUGUGUAAUGGCUAAGGACUGGGAAGGUCUGAUUAGCAGGGAUGAAAUAACAGCUUACUUUAUGAGGGCUAGCUCAAUCUAUUCCAAAUUAGGACUUGGCUUUGCUCACAACUUCCAAGAGACCACUUACUUAAGGCCUACUUUCUGUGACAACUGCGCUGGAUUUCUAUGGGGAGUCAUUAAACAAGGAUACAGAUGCAAAGACUGUGGAAUGAACUGCCACAAGCAAUGCAAAGACCUGGUUGUGAUAGAGUGCAAGAGAAGACCCAAAACUUCAGUUGCAGACAGCAGCCCAACAUCUGCGCUUGCUUCGAGCCUCUACCCAGUAGGAGUCAAAGAGCAAUUCCAUGGACAAGAAGAAGGGCCGUUCAUGUUUCCUAAUGGAGAAGUAGUGGAGCACAACGAAGACAGCAAGGACCGAACGAUUAUGCUCAUGGGUUCCUCAGCUCAGAAAAUCUCCGUGAGGCUGAAACCAGCUGUGGUUCAUAAAGGUACACAGACUGAUCUCGUACUGCUGGCUGGUGAUGUAUGUCGUAAGCAGAGAGAGAAGAAAGAACACAGGAUGCCAGAAAAUCCUUAUCUCCAGGUAGCCCCACCAUCCCCAUGUCCAAGCCCAAUUCUGGGCCGCAGAAAGGCGUAUGUUAAAUGGGAAAACAAGGACUCCAGCCAGAAGAUGAAGGAGGAGCAUCACAGCUGCAAACCCUCAUACCAGGAACUUGAGCAG